AUGUCUUUAAGCAGGGAGAAAAGUUGUCAAGAAUAUUUCAAUUACUGCGACAAGAGGCUACGCCAAUACCCGCACCGGUAUCCCGUUCCCAAGUUCCACACCCGGUACCCAAUCAAACGUAACGCUAUCGAUAUAACCCAUGAGCACCGGCACAAAGAGUGGGUGUACUCACUGUACCCGUCGAGUCAACUGCGCGCCGAUAGGUUCCUAAAAGUAGGCAAAGCGACAUCAAUUGUGGCCUUUUUCUACUCGCUGCCCACUCGAGUGGACAGGUAUGCCGAGCUCAUCAAGAUGAUGGUCUCCUUUUUUAUACUGGACGACCACACGGAGUGCGGGUACGGCGAUGUGGGCCGGGAUGUCGACCAGUGCCGACUCAUGUGGACGCAGUUCAUGACAAUGUUCGACAAUUUCAAGACCCCGGGCAGUGUGCCUAUGAGCGAGUGGAGGCCCUAUUUGCUGGGUAUGUACCCCGUGUUCAAAGGCAUCUCCGAUACGUAUACCGAACAACAAAGGGAACGGUAUGUCCACGUGUUUAAAGAGUACGCCGAAGGAAAUAUAGAGGAGACGGUGGCACUCAGGGAUGGUGUGGUGUUCACCAGUAUUGAGCAACUGUUAGAGAUCCGUUUGAAGACUAUAGGCGCCCGACUGAUACUCCAAACAAUGGAAUACGCGUAUGAGUUCUGUCUGACGGACUCCGAGUGGGCCGACCCUCGGCUACAGGAGCUCCUGGACCUGAGCACCGAAAUAACAGUUUUAGUGAACGAUAUCUUUUCCUUCGAGAAGGAGGCGCUGAAUGAGUCGUACGAUUUGCGCCGUAUGUUCAAUGCGGUGGCGCUGACCGCCAUAUUGGACGGCUGCUCCGUAAUGGAGGCCAUGGAUGCCAUUAUAGGCCGCAUCGCUACCAAAGAGGAACGUUUGUAUUGUGUGAGUAGGGAUAUACUGACCGAUGGCCAGGGAUAUAGUCCUGCAAUGGAGAUGAUGGUCAGGUGUGUAUUCUACUACACCGGUGGUAACCUCAAGUACACCACCACUCUGGACAGGUAUCAUAUGUUCAAUAAGGCUUAA